AUGGACAGUCCUAAAAUCGCCCCCGCUUCCAAUGCAAGGCCCCUUGACAACAGCAGUGGAUCUGGGGUCGUCCAGGUUCAGAAUGCUGAUGAGUUGCGACUGGCGCAAAUGGGCCAUAAACAAGAAUUAAAGCGUCACUUUUCAGUAUGGAGUUUGAUAGGGCUGGCUGCGAAUUGUACUAUUUCAUGGACUGGCCUUGGUCUUGGCCUAAUAACAGCUAUCGACGCUGGUGGGCCUGGUGCACUCAUCUACGGCUUUAUCCUUGUGUUCAUCCUCCAGUCCUUCCUAGCCGCAUCCCUGGCAGAGUUUGUUUCAGCAUACCCUGUCGAAGGAGGAAUGUACCACUGGAUUGCAGCGAUCGCCCCGAAACGUUAUAACAGUGCCCUGAGCUUUGCGACGGGCUGGAGUACAGUCUUUGGAUGGAUCUUCACUACCGCUUCGACCAAUCUGAUCUAUGCCACAAACUUUAUGGCUCUUAUUGCCCUAUACAAGACAGAUUUGGUGAUAAAGCCCUGGAUGACCUUUGUGGCGUACCAAGGAUUCAACAUUCUCACAUCCGGGGUAGUGAUGUUUGGAAACCACUUUAUUCCAACGAUCAAUAAGUUUUCAUUAUGCUACUUGCAACUGGCGUGGUUCGUCAUCAUGGUCACAGUCGCCGCCUCGGCGCCCACACACAACGAUAGCAAGUUCGUCUUUAGGACUUGGAUGAACAAUACUGGCUGGGAGAACAAUGUGGUUUGCUUUAUCACAGGGCUUGUCAAUCCGCUUUAUUCGCUGGGUGGGCUAGACGGUAUUACACACAUCACCGAGGAAAUGCCAAACCCUGGAAGAAAUGCUCCUUUGGCACUUGCAUGCACUAUCAGCAUAGCCUUUGUCACCGGACUGACCUAUCUUCUCAGUCUUAUGUUCUCUGUCCAGGAUUAUACAACGCUUGCCAGCUCUCCAACGGGCCUCCCUUUGGCUGAGAUCUUUCGACAAGCAACGCAGAGUCGUGGUGGUGCAUUCGCUCUAGUUUUCUUGUUGUGGGUUGCCCUGGGCCCAUGUAUGAUCGGUUCACAGCUUAGUACCGGAAGAGUAUUCUGGGCUUUUGCUAGAGACGACGGUCUCCCCCUUUCAAAGAUCUGGGCCAAGGUCAACCACCGACUCGGUUCUCCGUUCAACGCCCAGCUAUGUGUGGGUGUUAUUAUAGGCCUACUAGGCUGUAUUUAUCUCGGAUCCAGCACUGCAUUCAACGCAAUGAUGAGCUCCGCUGUAACGAUCAAUAAUAUAGCUUACCUAGUUCCCAUCUUGACCAACGUGCUUCGUCGCCGCAAAACCAUGCACAAAGGGCCAUUCUUCAUGGGCCCUGCCAUUGGAAUGGCCGUGAACCUCGUGACUGUGGCAUGGCUCAUCUUCGCCAUCGUCUUCUUCUCCUUCCCAUACUACAUGCCAGUAACCGCAUCUAAUAUGAACUAUACCUGCGUUUGCGUUGGCGGAUUCCUCUUCAUUGAACUCGUGUGGUGGAUCGUCGCUGGGAAGAAGUAUUCGGGGAGUAUGCAGAAGGCAAGGGAAGAAGAACAGACGGCUCAGACGGUGGUUAUCCCCGAUGGCAAAGAUUAA